AAUUUUGGCUCCAAAAAAGAAAUUUCAAACCAAUUAAGCAAUUCUGAAAAUUUCAAAUUUUGAAAUUUACUCAGAAAAAUUUGAUUGAUUUUGAGCUCCUGUUGGUUGUGAUUAACAUUUGGAAACUUGAAAUUUCAAAAUUUUGGUUUAAAAUUUUGGCUCCAACGUUUUGCCUCCAAUAUAUCUUGGUUUAUGGGUAAAAUUUUGGUUUAUGAAGAGAGAACAGAAGAAUUGUUGAUCAUCAAUGGGAUUGAACAAAAAACUAGGGGAGGAGGUGGAAGACGAAGAGAAUGGUUCGAGUUUUUUUUUCUUCACGAAGUAUAUAGGCUCUUUUAAGUAAUAGAAUAUUAGAGAAUAUUUAAUAUGGGGACGGAGGGAGUAAUAAACACCGAUCUGAUAUUAAUUCCCACAAUUAACGGAAAAAACGAUUCGAGAUUCGUGACAAAACCACACAUAUCUAGAUUCAUUUCGUUCCUGUGAUGAUACCCUAGCACAGAGAAUAAAAGAGAAAUCUCAUUUCUCUCUGUCUAAUAAGUUUGAUCUUGUUUUGCGCUGAUCACAUUUCUAGGGCUUAACUUCAGCAAAACAUUUUGAUUGUUCCUGGUUGGAUCUGUCAAAAUGUUGUCCAGUAGUAAGAUCAAAUCUGUUGAUUUCUACAGGAAAAUUCCCAGAGAUUUAACCGAGGCGUCGUUAUCUGGUGCAGGCUUAUCUAUCAUAGCUGCCCUGUCCAUGAUGUUGUUAUUUGGAAUGGAACUGAGUGAUUAUAUGACAGUGAAUACGUCUACCUCUGUUGUUGUUGAUAACAGUUCAGAUGGGGAAUUUUUGCGAAUUGAAUUAAAUAUGAGUUUCCCAGCACUCUCAUGUGAAUUUGCUUCAGUUGACGUGAGUGACGUGUUAGGCACAAACAGAUUGAAUAUAACAAAAACAAUCAGAAAGUUCUCAAUAGAUCCCAACUUAAAUCCUACUGGUUCCGAGUUUCACCCAGGACCUAUCCCAACUGUUACUAAGCAUGGAGAUGAAGCUGAUGGAGAAUAUGGUGAAGGCUCUGUUGCACUAACUUCCGCAACUUUUGACAGAUAUACACAUCAAUAUCCGAUUUUGGUUGUCAACUUUUAUGCUCCCUGGUGCUACUGGAGUAAUCGCUUGAAAUCCUCAUGGGAGAAGACAGCUAAAAUAAUAAAAGAGAGAUAUGAUCCAGACUUGGACGGACGUAUUCUCUUGGCGAGUGUUGAUUGCACUGAAGAAGGUGAUUUAUGCCGGAGGAAUCAUAUCCAGGGGUAUCCAUCUGUUCGAAUUUUUCGUAAAGGAAGUGAUAUAAGAGAUGAGCAUGGACACCACGAUCACGAAUCUUACUAUGGAGAGCGAGAUACGGAGAGUCUAGUCCAGGCAAUGGAAGCUUUGGUCGCUCCUAUCCAUUUGGAGGCACGUAAGCUUGCAUUAGAGGACAAAUCUGAGAAUGCAACAGCCUCUGUGAAAAGGCCAGCCCCUUCAGCCGGAGGUUGUAGAGUAGAGGGUUUUAUACGGGUUAAGAAGGUCCCAGGUAAUCUUGUCAUAUCAGCCCGUUCAGGAUCUCACUCCUUUGAUGCUUCUCAAAUGAACAUGUCGCAUGUCAUCUACAAUCUUUCAUUUGGUAAGAAGAUCACUCCAAGAUUGAUGUCUGAGUUCAAGCGGUUGUCACCUUAUCUUGGUCGAAACAUUAACCGAUUAAAUGGUCGACAAUACAUUACUCACCAAGGUGAUGGAGAUGCAAAUGUUACUAUUGAGCAUUACCUUCAAGUAGUAAAGACAGAAGUUAUAUCCAGAAGAACUUCCUGGGGACACAAAUUAGUUGAGGAAUAUGAGUACACUGCCCACAGUAGUCUAGCACAGAAUAGACACAUCCCUGUUGCAAAAUUCCACUUCGAGUUGUCUCCUAUGCAGGUCUUAAUAACAGAAAACUCAAAGUCAUUUUCUCACUUCAUAACAAACGUCUGCGCUAUUAUUGGGGGUGUUUUCACGGUUGCCGGGAUAUUGGACUCUAUGUUGCAUACCACGAUGAGAUUGGUGAAGAAAGUUGAGUUAGGCAAGAAUUUUUGAUAGAAUAUGAUAACUUUUACUGCAACAAUAAAAACCUUAAUUCGUUUCUUCUACCAGACCUUAUAAAGUCUGGAGAUUUUUCUUAGGAAAUGCAGUAUUCCAUUUCCUUAUAGGAGAUGAACCACUAAAGCAGAACAAGUAUUAACUGUAAUAUGUGCUCAGUUGGUAGUAUAGUAAAUGAUUUAGAAGUCUUCAAAUUCGAAACGCAGGAAUCAUUUGACAAAGAAGCAACAGCAUCAGGCUCUGAAACCCUCGGAGUUAUCAGUGCUCGAGUAGGUUGAACCAAUCUCAACCAUGUGACCGGAGGGUGACCAUUAAGUCCUUCCGGGUUACAUGGUGUGAUUUGGGAGACCUCCAUCAAACCUAUGUUUACAUAUUGGCGUGCCUAAUGUGUUCAUCUUGUUAAUCAUGGACUGGCACCAAUAUUUUAAGAAACUUGUAUAUUAACUGGCACCAAUAGUCAUAUCUGACUAUCUUGCCAUUGUCUUGGCUUUGUGUAUGGUAGAAAAUACUGCAGUUUUACUUUCAUCCCAGCAAUGUAAUUGGUAAUGGUUUAGGAAAGAAGAUAAAUUCUUACAUUAUUU